AUGCCGAGGACCUUACCCUGGCUUCGGGCCCAGGAUGGCACACCAGUGAAGAAUGAGUCUACACCGAGAAAGCGCGUCAAAACUGAAGCCACUCCUGAUCGCGACGUGACACCUAAGAACCCCCAAUCUCCCCCGAAAAGCGCGACUUCUUUAGGUCAUGUACGCUUUGCUCUCGUCAUCUAUAUGUUUUUGCUCGAUGGAAUCGAACGUGACGAUGGUUGGGUAAUGGUGGAGGAUGAAUUCUAUGCCGUCGCGCAAACAUUUACACAACAUCUCCAUUACGCAGAGUACCUUCGUCGGCGAAAGGAAGUCAAGGCUGAAAAUGCAGCCGCACUUGGAGUGAUUGAGAGGCCAACAGAUGGCCGCACUCCUGUUUCCAAAGAAGCGGAACGACAACGAGAACGUGAGGCCUUCAGGCAACGACAGAAAGCUGGACUGGCGCGGCUAGAUGGCCAGAACCCCGACGAGCAGAUUGAUGACCACGAAGAGGAUGACCAGAGGUGGACCGGAACCCAUUUACACGAUCUCAUGACAAGCCCACGGAAAGCACGGUCCCUAGCAGGCACACAUGUGCUCAAGUCGUCCUCGAGAGCUGCAGCAGGCUUUUUGCAAGCGGGGCAGGUACCUCCUCCGGGUAAUGGUCAAGCUCAAGUGAACAGCACAGGGAGCGCGACUCCAAUUUCAAGAGCAGCAGCAGCUCAAGUGGUUGAGCUCGACGAAGAGACUGCUUCAGACUCCGAUGACGAUCUAGAUAUCCAACACGAGGCGGUUAGGCUACCGCCGCCGAGGAGUGCACAUUCUAUGCCACGGAAGCUCCAAUCUGACGAUCAAAAUAUACCACGAGCAAACCUACGAAACAGCACUACGUCCAGAUCAAAAGUAAAGGCGGCGAAUACUCGGCCUGAAUAUAAGUCAAGAGUACAAUCACUUUUCGAUGACCUUGAUGAACUUCCAGAGCCAUCGCCGUCAAUAAUCUCUACCUCUAAUAACAUCACCAAAUCACCUUCUACCAGGCAAGAGAAAUCCCGGCAUAAUGAGGUCCCGACAUUUCUAGUGUGA